AUGCAUGAUGCAUCCAUUGGCUCGUCCGUCACCAUCCACAUGGACAGGGUCGGGACGCCCAUGCGGGACGCCGUCUCGCAGCUAAUCGCCGCAGUAGUGCUCACGCAGGAACUGCUCCUCUUGCACCUCCACUCACCGGACCACGUCGGCGUGGAAGGACAGUUCCACUGGCUGCUGCUGCCUGUCAUUGCCGUCACGCUCGCCGCCACGCUGUUGUGGUUCCCCUGCCCUCGGAGUUUCGCCGUGAGCCUGGUGCGCUCGGCGAGCAUCGUGUUCCAGGGCGUCUGGUUCAUCGUCAUGGGCGUCAUGCUCUGGACGCUGGACCUCGUGUCCAAGGGCUGCUUCCUCUGCCUCGAGGCAGGACGCGCUGUCGUCCGGUGCCGCACCGACGAGGCGCUCGCCCGCGCAAAGUCGCUCGUCAACCUGCAGUUCAGCUGGUACCUGACCGGCACCGUUUUGUUCGUUGUCGUGCUCUAUCUCCAGCUCAAUAAGGUGCUUCUGCAGCUUGUCCUCUUCCACCUCGGCGCCCAGACCAAGUCGACGUUUCUGUCCAGGUUGGUUAGCUUCAUCUUGAUCCUUGCCGAAAGAUAA